AUGGCUUACGAUGACUCCAAGAAGAAAGAAGAGUUCCUAGAGAGUGACCGAGGUGUUGAUGACGUGGGGCUGGCAACUGCAAGGAUACAGCGGGAGAAAAAACGCUCUUACAAGGAACUGCUGCAAGAGGAAGAUGAGAUAGCAACUCAGGUCAGGAAGCCCCAAAGAAAAGCUCUUGAGAGGUAUGAACUUCUUUUUCCGGGGUCAGAACCUCACAAAAAGAAGAGAAAGCACUCCUCCGAUGAGUUCUGCCACAGAGGUGUUUCGCCUUUGGAUCUACCAUCAAAGAAGAAGAAAAAAGCAGUUUCUAGCCCAUCCUCAGCUGAUACAACCAUGGAUUUACUCAAGGCUAUCACCUCACCUUUGGCCACAAGCUCAAAGUCUUCAAAGAAGACCUCUGAAAAAUCAUCUUACUCUUCCUCUGGCCAUUCUGAAAGCAAAAAGGAGCACCACAAGAAGAAGCUGAGUGGCAGCAGUGGAGAGCACUCAGUGGAUGAUAGCAGCUUCCACAAAUCUAAGAAAAUGAAACCUCUCUAUGUGAACACAGAGACCCUUACUCUCCGGGAGCCUGAUGGCUUGAAGAUGAAGCUCAUUCUUUCACCAAAAGACAAAAGUAGUGCUGCAGAUGAUGAUUCUUUUUCCUACUCUUCAGCACCAUCAGCCACAAAGAAAUCUUCAAAGAAAUCAGCUCGAGAUGAGCAAGGCUCUGUCCUGCUAGGUCAUGAACUGCAGAGCUUCCUGAAGUCAUCCCGGAAGAAGCACAAAUCACCUUCAGACUCGCAUCCACCUUCUGAAAGUUUUGGUGCUGACACUUCCCUUUUUUCAGAGGGCCAUGGGAGCGAGUAUGAGGUUUCAGGUAUGGAGGCACCACCAGAAUCUGGUUCCUCUUCUGGUGGAGAGUUGGAGGCUGGAGAGCUAGUGAUAGAUGAUUCUUACCGGGAAAUUAAGAAGAAGAAGAAGUCAAAGAAAAGUAAGAAAAAAAAAGACAAGGAAAAACAUAGAGAGAAGAAGCACUCUAGAUCUAAAAAGAGUUCUGGGCAUGCUCCUGUGGGAGCAGCAGAAGUAACAGUGUCACCACCACCUCCAUCCAGUACCCCCUAUGUUCUUCCUCCAGCUCCUCCUGCUGUUUUUCACUCAGACGGUCAAGGUGAGAAGAGGAGGAAAAAGGAAGACAAGGAGAAGGACAAAGAAAGAGAAAGAGAAAAACCAAAGAAGAAAAACAUGUCUGCCUAUCAAGUGUUCUGCAAGGAAUAUCGUACAACUAUUGUGUCUGAGCACCCUGGAAUAGAUUUUGGAGAGCUAAGUAAAAAACUGGCAGAAGUAUGGAAGCAGCUACCUGAGAAGGAUAAACUGAUCUGGAAACAGAAAGCUCAGUAUCUCCAACACAAGCAGAAUAAAGCAGAGGCCACCACUGUGAAGAGGAAGGCCUCAUCUUCAGAUGGUGCACCAAAAAUAAAAGCUUCUCCAACAGGAGUGAUUUCCCCUCAUAAGAAAUAUCCCACCAGUACCAUGGUGGUGUCCUCCUCACCAGCCAAAGUCCCUGAGACAGAUCCUAUUGAUGUGGCUGCACACUUACAGUUGCUGGGUGAAUCUCUGAGCCUCAUUGGACACAGACUGCAGGAAACAGAAGGCAUGGUGGCUGUUUCAGGAAGUUUGUCAGUACUCCUAGAUUCAAUCAUCUGUGCUUUGGGCCCAUUGGCAUGUCUGACCACACAACUACCUGAGUUGAAUGGCUGCCCUAAGCACGUUUUGUCAAACACACUAGACAACAUCGCCUACAUCAUGCCUGGACUUUGAUGGGAAAGGAUCCUGGGAUGUACUUAACCUCUGCGUAACUGACUUGUGUACAUAUGCGCUACACCG